GCAGUGCUACGCUGGCGUUUUGCAAGUAAUGAAGAGCAAAGUGCAAUCAAACGCUUUUUGUUUGUUUGUUUUUGUUGAUUCACAUGUCCACCCGGUGUUCCAGCUGUUACCUCGUCUACGGAGCACUGUAAUAAGUGAAAAGAUCACUGACUGUGUGAGUAUCUCUGCAAAUUCAACGAAUGCUGAAGAAGAAUGGGGAAGAAGGACGCCAGUGCCACCAACCUACCAGUGGAUCAAUACAGAAAACAAAUUGGUAAGCAGGACUACAAAAAGACAAAGUCGGUCCUGAAGGCCACACGGCUCAAAGCGGAAGCCAAGAAGAACUCGUCCGGAUUCAGGGACGCCUUCCUGGUGGUGGUGGCUAUCUUGUUCUUUGUGGUCUGCGUCUACGCUUUUUUUUACCUCAACCUCAGUAACGAGAUUAACAUGGACAUGGAUGUGGAUUGAAGGUGGUCCGUGGGAGACUUCCUUGUGUACAGAUCACAGGAAGUGAUGUCAGCAGUCUUCCAGACACUUCAUUAGGUACACCCACAUCACACGAUCCUAGCAAUAUAGAGGCCUUCAAUCAUGAAAAAACGUCAUCUAAAUUUUGGUACAACAAUUUUGUCUUGGCCAUUGGUUUCCCGAUAUCAAUGCAUGUUCAUCCAAAGCCUUGCGUACAUUUUUGUACAAAGGGUCCAACAGAGGGCAGGGUGUAUUCCAGUCAGCUUUUGACUAACUCAAAGCAAUAAAAAGCCUACCUGGCUGCGGGACAUCAUAGGCCUUCAAAAUAAAAGCAUGCAGUUUGACUUAGCAGUCAUACUCACGACACAAAACAUUGCUUUUGUUUUGAACGACUGACUUUUGAAAGGAUGUUACGCCAAGCAAGUGGGAGGUUUAUCGUUGCCUUGAGUUGCUGAUGAAAGCUUGCAUUGUGGAAUCCGCAUCGCCGUCUGUUGACACGUGUAUUUAAAAAAAAAAAAAAAGAUUUUAAACAGCCAAUUGAUAAAGAAAGUGAGAAAAUAACUUGUUGAAAAACAUGAGUAGCGACGCUUCCACCUUCUCGACGUAUUUUUCCCAAAUAUGUGGAACACAUAAAUUGGAUGCCCACGAUUUUCUAUGGGAGAUAUUGCUUUGGUUUUCACACAGUUUGGUUUUAGUCUGACUGAAUGGAUUCAUCGCGACAACCGAGGUUCCAAUGUAAAUAAUAAUUUUGUGAAAACCAAAUGAGGGGGGGGCGGGGCAUGAGGGAUCAUUUCCGGCAGCACAAUGGUUGGGAGCGGCUAUCCCCGCAGGUCUUCUGAAGUAAUAUCGCGGAGUCACGUUCGCUCCGGGAAAAAUGUAAAUCUGCCGUCACGGCGCAGGAGACAAUCACUUUUGCCGUCGAGUUCCGCCGCUCCUCCCCCCUUGGCCGCCCCAGCGAAGACGUGCCAGAUUGGAAUCCGUGCGCGGAAUAGCGAUGGCGCGUUUCUACCUGGAUUAGCAUGGCAAAUGCGCCGCUUUCAUUUGAAUGCCAGGGCCGGGUGACGACAACGCCUCGCUCCGUCAAUGCCUUCAUUAUCCCGCCAUGAGCGCUCUCCCAUGACCUCGUCACCUCCAGUAAAAGGCCGCGUGUCAAAGGAACCAUUAUGAGAAGCCGACAGGCUUUCAUCCAUCCGCUUCCUCUUCAGUCGCAACAACACGAUAAGUCGAUUUAAUAGACCUUCCAGACCUCUACCUGGAAGCUUAUCAGGAAUCCUCCGGAAUGCCAUAAGAGUUGUGUGCUUCAUGACUGAUUUACACAGGCCGGACACUUGAUUAAGUACAUCUUCGUAAAAUACCGCCCUCACCUAAACCUGCACGGUUGAAAAUAAGCCAAGACGUUAUUUUGAAUCGUCUUAUUGACUCAUUUUAACCCACGUCCCACGGUUUCAUGGCUCUUCUUCCCAUUGAGUGUUUGGCUGCACUGAAAUAAAAAAGAAACGUCGCAAAAGUACAAGGA